CGUCAACGAUGUUGAACCGUUUUUAGAUAAGAUUACAAGUAUUAUUCGAUCGGAAGACAGUCUGUACGCUGUUUCUGAAAUUAAAUACCGGAAAAAAUUUAACCCUUAAGGAAUGUCUGGUUUCGACGAAAAUCCCUUUGGGGAACCAGCUUUGAACGACCCAUUUUCGGAUCCCGCAGUUAGACAAGCCGCCAGCUCGACUCCUGCCAACAGGGGUAUCGAAGAUUACAAUCCCUUCGCGGACCAAGGAUCGCAGGGGGCAACACAGGUAAGAGGAGCUUCAAACCCGCCCAUUUAUGGAGGUGUAGGAGCCACUCAACAACCAGCUACACUUCAGCCUACAAAUCAGGAGGUUCCACCACCUAAUUACACCCGAAGCGCGCAGCAAACAGUGACCCCUACACCUGCGGUUACCUCACCUCCAGCACCAGAUCGUCGGCAGGAAGACGAAUGGAAAGCGAGGAGAGAUGAGGAAAUGAGAAAUACGCCAUACUAUGCAAGACGAAACAAUUGGCCACCGUUGCCUGAAAAGUGCUGUUUUCAACCAUGUGUCUAUCAGGAUAUCGAUGUUGAUAUUCCUGCUGACUUCCAAAAGAUUGUUAGACAACUUUACUACCUUUGGAUGUUUCAUGGGUGUGUGAUGGUGUUGAACGUGGUCGGUGGAUUUGCAUUGCUGUUAUAUGGCCAAGGAUUUUCUACAUUUGGUCUUGCCAUUCUUUAUCUCCUGCUAUUCACUCCUUUUUCGUUUCUUUGCUGGUAUAGGCCGGCAUACAAGGCUUUCAGGAGUGACAGUUCCUUUAAUUUCAUGGUUUUUUUCUUCGUAUUUUUUUUCCAAUUCGUUGUGACUGUUAUUCAAGCUCUUGGGAUAUCUGGAUCAGGCACAUGCGGAAUAAUAAUAGCAAUUGAGGCAUUUGAUGGUACAGGAUUAGGAGUAUUCAUUGGUAUUCUUUUACUCAUCAUUGCUAUUGGCUACGCAGUCGCGGCAGUUGGUGACAUACUUUUGUUGUCCAAGAUCCACCGUAUCUAUCGCAGCACAGGAGCGAGUGUUGCAAAGGCGCAACAAGAAUUUACUUCAACUUUUCUACGGAAUGAACACGUUCAGAACGCUGCUGGUAAUGUAGCUGCAAGCGCAGUUCGUUCACAGAUGGCUAACUCGAACCAACCACGAUAUUAACUGAUUAGUCGGUCGUUCUAUUUAACAGUUAAUUAAACGUAACGACUGUAUUUCUAUCAUCAGAAAGAAAGAAAAAGAGGAGCAUACUGAAUUCAAAGAAACAAUUGAGCCUCACAACCAGCAUAUUGGGAAAUCUGGCACCAAUGGUGAUCAAGCUUCUAUGUACACUUUUUUCAAUUGAGGAAUACAUUUUCAAAUUAUGAUACAACAAAGCAAUGCUUAUAUUUUUGUUAUGGAACUACGCAAUACGUAUGCAUAUACUGUUGAAAAUAAAAAAUAAAUAUAAUCAUAACCAUAUCGAUUAAUCGAUCGAACUUGUUUCUUCUGUGAGGAAAUGGAUAAAGUUCUAUCGAUAUAUUGUUUAUCAAUGAACACUUCUAGUUUCUAUGCAAAAUCAAUAGCUUCGCUUUUGGUUUAUUAAUACAUCACACUCACCACUAAACUCAUACGGAAGUAUAAGACUUAUCAUGACGAUAACGUUAAUGUUAAACUAAAACAUGAAAAUCCACAAGUUAAUGUUAAACAAAAAAAAAAUUAAAAUUUUUUGUGAUUUUCUUUUAUAAUUCACGCAAAUACUGCUUAUUUAUAUUUACCACAAAAUAGUAACGAGAGUCUGAACUUAUUUUGCUAGACGUAGAUUGAAGAAAGUUUUUGUUCUUUUCUUUUUUUUUUAUCUUAUACACAUUUUGAAAACACGUGGUUCUGUGAAAAUUAUUGUUGAAAAAAGGAAAUAUAAAGAAUUUGUCAAUUUGCCAUACGAACUGUACAUAAAGAAAAAUCGUUUGAAUAUAUAUAAAAAUAACGAUUUUGCUUUUAUUUAAUUUAAUGCUAUCGAUGCAGUCUAUACUUUGAUUAAACUUACAAGACUUUGGAUUGAAUUAUGAAUUUAUUUACAAAAUAUAACUGCUUCAUUGUUUCACGUAUCGUUUAUAUUUUAAAUGCGGUUACACUAGAUACCUAUCAUAUAAUUCGGAAUCAAAGUAAACUAGCGGGGAAACAUUUACUUUAAUUAUAAACUCAAAAAAUAUGUGUACAGUCACGUUAAACAGGGAACUUACUACCUACAUGAGUAUAUUAUGUAGGUGUACGUGAUGCUGUACACAAUCAAUUUUACCAGCACUACUUGUGAGACAAUUAGAAACGAACCUUACGAAGUUCGCAUAAAUAUAUACGAUGACACGUGUUGAAGUAUUGUGACCGUGUAGGUAGGCAGAUCCUCCACAGAAAAGGUUAUUCGUUAUUCCAGAUGCAAGUUUCAACGAAAUGACCUGUACUAUCGAUUUUAUUAAGUCGUCAUCAAAUUCUUGAUGGAAAUUGAUCUCAACUUUACUUCCAUUCUCGUAAUACUUUUUGUUGUUUUCUUCAAAUCUUACGGAAUAGUAGACGAUGAGUGAGAACAGUCGCCUAAAGAAAAUGUAUGCUUUUAAUGGGUAACUAAUUGUAAUUAUAAUUUCUUUCCAAUAUUCUUGUAUAGCAGUAUUUAUAGACCAUAGACUAAAAAUUAUCAAUAAGCUUAGGCGUGUGUUGUAUACAAUCUAAAUAUGUACAUCUGCCUACAAUCGUUAUUAUAAAUAUCUAUAUAUACAUACAUACCAAUGUAUAUAUUUAUACAUGUAUGUGUAUACAAACAGCAUACAUAUGAAUAUAGUUUAUUUCAUACGUCUAAUCAACUCCUAAAGCUUUAUAAAAUACCUUUUUCUGAAGAUACUGCAUAUCGUCGUUGUACAGUUAACUCAUUGUUAUUAAUGAUACAAUGUUUUCAGAUAUUCGAUAUAUUGACUUAUCGGUAUUAAAUUGGAAUGACAAAAAUUACUUACCUGAUAUUUAUUAACCAUACCAUACAUGCCAAGUUCAUAUCAAAUGUUUGUUUGACUCUUAAUUAAUCAUUAAUCUGUAUUGUGUAAACAUCGGCAAUUCAAGAUGACGAAUAAUUAUCAAAGUGCGCUCUCGUUUUUUUGAAAAACGUUUUUAUUGAUACAUAGCAUAUUCAGAAACGGUGAUAGAGAGGCAAUAAUUUUAAAUCCAAAGAAAAAUAGUGAAGUAAACACUUGUCCGCGAUAGUACGGCAUGAAAUGAGUAAGAACAGAAAGACACAUGAUGGCAAGAGAAAUUGCGGGGAUCGGCUGUUGUGUCGAGAGAAGUAUGAAAAAUCAAGUUGACACGCGAAAAAUGCGGCAAAACUUCAAAAAAUGGUAUUUCAAAGCAUGUUAAGGCACAGAAUUUGACAUACGUAUUCCUAGAGCUUCAAAGUUCAGUCAGCUAAAGUUUUGUCUAUCAAAACACCAGCAGUGUUUCGCUCGGGAGUUAAGUAAGAUUCUUUUCUGUGAGCACCGUUCAACUUGAAUUCAAUGUGUGAGAGUGGACACAAACAGUUUUAGGCGGAUAACACAAUUUGUGCAGGCAAGAAUACUGAGGACUACCAGAUGUAGAGAAAUUAAUAUUAUUCAAAGCCGACCAAGGCUCAACGCCUGCAGAGUCCAGUUCGACUUUAUUUCGCCUCACUAACUGCAAGGCGUUACACUCACUAUAUGAUCCCUAAGGAUUAGAUUUAUAGUAUUAUGAUCACCCUUUUGUCACUCCAAUUUCUUGUAUUAAAGUUAUAACGUAAAACUAAAGAAUUGAUGUUUCGAUACACGCGCGGUUAAAAGGUCCCUGUUUCCAUUUAAUGCGAUUCAAUUUGCUUGCUAAUCAUUCUGUUGUUGCCAUCUGCUACAACUUACUAUUGUCCAAUUGUAUUUAAAGUUCUACCUAACAGUUGCCCCGUACUGACUUACUGAAGUACACAGGUUUACUAUCCGAUAUCAACCGCUUUAUGCUUGUGGCUGCUUUGACGAAGUAAGUAUACGGAAGUUUAAUGAUUACCCAGCUGUGACGUCAUACAGAGAAGUUAUUUGGCAUGGACGAAAGGAGCCAUUAAAGUAAGUAAAUUUACAAAUCUAUAAAGAUAAGUAAAAGAACAGUUCUUGAUUAUACGCGAUACACAUACAUAUUCGAUGAUGAAUAUCGUGGACGAAUUGUUGAUAAAUUUACAAAAUUUAUUUCAGAGCAACUACAAACAAUUAAACAUAUAUUUAAUCAUAAUAAUUAUAGCAUAGAUAUUGAAAUAAUUUUGAACGCCUCGCAAAUAAAUGUACAAUAAUAUUUUAAUUUUUUAAAGUAAAAAACAUAACUAUAGCAUUGUUAAGACAAUUCCAAAUAUAUCAAGCGAUGUUAAGAUCGCCUAUUUGGAACCGUUAAAUACAACUUAGAUAAAUAUAUAUUUGAGGGAUUGAGGAAAAUAUCAAAAUAUUUUGCAAAUCUGGAUUUGAAGUGAAAUGAAACGCAGAUGGCAUCACUCUUAUGAAAUAAACAUUCCGUUCCACCAUAAAUUGAAAUAUGUCGUUGAUACUAGUUUGAGCGUAAUUCCAAUUGCGGAGAGCUGUAAGUAUAAUUUCGGAACCGUUGAUAUCUUUCGCAAAUCACUGACCCGUUAUUAGAGA